AUGUACGAAGGGAUUGACAACCUGCAAUCCCUUUACGACCGUGCCGGGAAGACUUUCUCCGGCGGUCCUUCUGUGGCACAGGAUGUGCCGCAUCGUACUGCUCUACCAGACCCAGUACGUCAACCAUUAGUUGGGAGCGGGGCUCCCAAGUAUCCCAGGACGGGGGAUAGCCGCGCCACCAGACGAGAUAACUCGUCCGACGUCCGUUCACGUCGCGGUGGUUCAACAGCUGCUCAACCAGAUAGCGCUGGACACCGCGAGAGUCCUCUAAUGGAGGUGGAGGAGGAGGAAAGACGCUCUCCACACGAUCGUGGGGAUCCGUGUGUUCCCGAGAGCUUCUUUGAUCGCGUAACGCAAGGGUUACGCAACGAUCUCGAACAUGAGCGGGACAGGCGUCUCCAAAUGGCGGACACUGUCUUGAAGCAUCGAGCUGAGUUUGCCUUUGCUCAGCUUGAGAACGAGAGAGCUCUGACAUCUCUGCGUGAAGAGCUAAAGGCAGCUUGUGUGGAUAUUGACCGGUCUCGGGCUGAGAUAACUGCUCUUCAGACCCUUGUUGAUGCCCACCAUCGGGAGCACAAGGCCCUCUGUGAGAUGCUUGAGUGCAAGGGCGUUCUUCAUCGGAAGAAACAGCGUACUGAUGGUACGGCUUAA